ACGACCACGACGAUUCUAAAUAUGUCAGAUAGUUUGUGAUUUUGAAUAGCAUAAAUGAGUUGACCGCAUCUGCUAUUUUCAGCGGUGUUCAGAGGAAACAAUGGCGAGUGAAAAUAGAAGAACAUGGAUGAGCAAGAUUUUUUAUCUAAUGUUUUUGCUGUUUAAUUCCGGAGGAAAUGCUGCACAGAUAAACUACUCCCUCCAAGAAGAAUCGAAAACAGGAAUCACAGUGGGGAACAUUGCAAAAGACUUAGGGAUUGAUCCGACUUUACUGGAGAACAGGAAUUUACGCAUCGUUGCGGGGACAAAGCAAGAGCUCUUUCGGGUAAAUCAUGAAGACGGCGCUUUGUUUGUGAACCAGAGGAUAGACAGAGAAGAGCUGUGUGCUAAAACCAACCCGUGUCUAAUUCAUCUCAAAGCAGUGAUAGAAAAUCCACUCGAAAUGCACCAGAUAUCAGUUGACAUUCUCGAUGUCAAUGAUAAUCCACCUAGUUUUUUGGAUGAAAACUAUAAAUUGGAAAUACUUGAAUCUGCAAUGACAGGAGCACGAUUUCAGUUAGAAACAGCUCAUGAUCCAGAUAUAGGCUCAAACGACUUGCAGGCAUAUAAACUGAGUCAAAAUCAUUAUUUUCGUUUAGAAACGGAAGACAUGGGAGAUGAAGGUAAGAUUCCUGUUCUCAUUCUACAAAAACCUCUUGAUAGAGAAAAAAGCGCGAGGCAUAAGCUAAUAUUAACUGCGACAGAUGGCGGGAAGCCGCAGAAAUCAACUACUGUAAAUAUUACUAUUGUUGUGUCGGAUAUUAAUGAUAAUACUCCCAUUUGUGAUAAACAAAAAUACACAGUGACUGUGAAAGAAAACGCCCCUGAAGGAACAUUUCUGCUCCGCGUAAAUGCCUCAGAUUCAGAUGACGGAAUAAAUGGUGAAAUUGAAUACUCUUUAAGGAACAAGUUCAGGAACGGAGCAUCGGAGGUGUUUGAUUUAGAUAGUUUAACGGGGGAAUUAAGGAUAAAAGGUGGGCUGAAUUUUGAGGAAAGGCAAGUUUAUGAGCUAAAGAUAGUGGCUGCGGAUAAGGGGGCCGUAUCCUUGUCUACACAGUGUAAUGUGCUUGUUAAUGUUGAGGAUGUCAACGACAACCGGCCUGAGAUUGACGUCACCUCAGUAUCUAGUCACAUUCCUGAGGAUGCUCCUCCUGGGACCGUCGUGGCUCUGAUGGGAGUUACUGACCUGGACUCAGGUAUGAACGGAAAGAUCGUUUGCUCUCUGCCCAAAAAUAUUCCUUUUGAUCUCAAGCCAUCUCCCGAUGGGAACUUUUAUUCUCUGAUAACUAAAGAAUACAUUGACAAAGAAUCUAAAUCGUCUUAUGAUAUCACAAUAACAGCCAAAGAUUUAGGAACACCAUCGUUAUCAUCAACAAGGUCGAUUCGCGUCGAGGUCACGGAUGUUAACGACAACAGCCCUACGUUUACCCAAAACCCAUAUACAUUCUACGUGGUUGAAAACAACAAACCAGGAAUUGCCGUUUUCUCAUUAAGUGCAGCUGAUAUAGACGAAGGUGAAAACGCGCGUGUCUCCUAUUCAAUUGAUCGAGUGAAUUCAGACCAAAGCAUGACAUAUUUCCUGAGUAUUAAUGAGGCGAAUGGCACCGUUUACUCAUUGAAGAGCUUUGACUUUGAGUCUUUAAAAAUCUUUCAAUUCUUUGUUGUGGCCAAAGACUCUGGAAGUCCGUCUCUGAGCAGUAACGUGACUGUGAACGUGUUUAUUCUGGAUCAGAACGACAACGUUCCAGUGAUCUUAUAUCCAGUCAGCGCUAACGGUUCUGCUGAGGGUGUGGAAGAGAUUCCCCGUAAUGUGAACGCAGGUCAUUUGGUGACUAAAGUCAGAGCCUAUGACGCAGAUAUAGGAUACAACGGCUGGUUAUUGUUUUCACUGCAGGAAGUUAGUGAGCACAGUCUCUUUGGUUUGGACCGCUAUACAGGACAGAUAAGGACCCUUCGCUCAUUCACAGAAACAGACGAGGCCCAGCAUAAACUGCUCAUUCUGGUCAAAGACAAUGGGAACGUUUCGCUCUCAGCAACAGCGACUGUGAUUGUCAAAGUUGUGGAGCCCAAAGAGGCUUUUGCAGCUUCUGAUGUGAAAAACGCAGUAAAAGACGAGGAGGAAAACGACGUGACGUUUUAUUUGAUCAUCACUUUGGGCUCGGUUUCAGUGCUUUUUGUCAUCAGCAUCAUCGUGUUGAUUGUAAUGCAGUGCUCCAAAUCUACAGACUAUUCGUCCAAGUAUUUACAGGACACAAAUUACGACGGGACUCUGUGUCACAGCAUCCAGUACAGAUCUGGAGACAAACGGUACAUGUUAGUUGGACCCAGAAUGAGUAUCGGUUCUACAAUUGCACCAGGCAGUAAUAGGAAUACUCUAGUGAUACCAGAUCGCAGGAGGAGAGAUUCUGGAGAGAAGAACACUCGUAUUGGUAAAUGUGUGUAG